AUGGAUUUAAUCUAUCUAUCUAUCUAUCUAUCUAUCUAUCUAUCUAUCUAUCUAUCUAUCUAUCUAUCUAUCAGAGUUUGUUUUUACUGGUUUUUUCUAUCUAUCUAUCUAUCUAUCUAUCUCAGUACGCCCUUUCUGGGUAUUUCUUUUUCAUUUUUUCCUUACAUAAAUGCCAAAUCAAUCAAUCGAUGUUCAAUAAAGAAGACCCAAGUGCUCAGUCGGUAUCUUCGCUGCAUCACGUUCCACCAUUCACUCGUUCUUUAUCGCUCUCUCGAAAAUAAGAUAAGAAAAGCCAUUGCGAUUUGGUCUCGCUUAAAAGCCGUUCAUGGAAAGCCGACAUUUGAGAUUAGUUUUUUCUUUCGUCACCUGCAUGACCUUGUGUGCGUUCACCAUACUUUUCUUUCUUUCUUUCUUUCUUUCUUUCUUUCUUUCUUUCUUUCUCUGUCAAGUUCAGAAUUUUCAUACCUCUAUCUAAAUAAUAUCUAUGUUAGUCUUUUCAUAUCUAUCUAUCUAUCUAUCUAUCUAUCUAUCUAUCUAUCUAUCUAUGUCAGUCUUUUCAUAUCUAUCUAUCAAUCUAUCUCAGUCAAUUCCUAUCUAUCUAUCUAUCUAUCUAUCUAUCUAUCUAUCUAUCUAUCUAUCUAUGUUCCUCUUUUCAUAUCUAUCUAUUUUUCUAUUUAUCAAUCACCAAAAAUUAUCUUGUGA